AGAUCCAAGUGGAAAGUGUAUAAUUAGUUUCAGCACAAAUAUUCUCACGAAUGACUAUGCCAAAGCAGCUUUAUCUUCAAAGCCAGAGAUGUUAAUUUGUCAUUCACCUGACAUUUGCGUGCUAGGAAAUGACCACUUCAGCGAACUUGCAAUUAGUAGUGCUGUUGCUCCGUCCAUAUCAAGUGAUGAACGUAAAAUUGUUACUUACCUAAAUAAAA